CAGGUCCCUUCUUCUCUUCUCUUUUCUUUUCUUUUUCUUUUCUAUUCUAUUCUAGUUCUAGUUCUAGUGGCAAGCCAAGGCAGCGCAUCCCCACCAGCCGCCACCGCCACCGCCACCGCCACCACCGGCAGCGGGAAGGCGGACGGAUCCCUUCCCCUCGACCUCCAUUCCAUUCCAUUCCAAUCUGCUCCUGCUCUCGGAAUCGGAAUCGAAUCGGAAUUGGAUCAAAGAGAAGAAGCAAGAUCCACAAGUGCUCUGCUCUGCUCUGCUCUGCUGCCGGCCAAGAUCCAAGUCAACCAAACCAAACCAAACCAAACCAGCGUCGUCGUCGGAAGGAUGCUGCGGCGGCACAAGGAAUCGGCGUCGGCGUCGGAUUCCACCUUCUACCAGCUGCGCGCCGACUGCGCCCACAACGUCCCGGACACCAAGUUCAAGAUCAAGAUUGGCAAGACGCUGAGCGUACGCAAAUGGCACGCCGCCUUCACGCACCACGGAUCCCUCCACAUCGCCUCUGUUCUAAACCGGAUUCAGAGCGGGGGUGUGCAUCCCGCAAUCAGAGGAGAGGUCUGGGAGUUCCUGCUUGGCUGCUUCGAUCCCGAGAGCACCUUCGAUGACCGCGACCACAUCAGGCAAGCAAGAAGGAUACAGUAUGCCAGAUGGAAGGAACAAUGCAAACACAUGGACCCUCACGUCGGCAGCGGCAAAAUCAUCACCGCCCCCAUCAUAACCGAGGAUGGCGUGCCUAUCAACGACCCUCUGGUUUUACUCGAAGCCACUGCAGCAGACCAGCAACCUGGUUCAACCACCACCACCAGCAAUGCAGAUGAGUCGUCUUCGUCGUCGUCGUCAUCUGCAAACCACCGUCUCACCGAUAAACACACCAUCGAGUGGAAGCUUACGCUACACCAAAUCGGUCUUGAUGUUCUACGCACUGACCGCUCCAUGCUCUUCUACGAGAAGAAAGAGAAUCUCUCCAAGUUAUGGGAUAUUCUAGCUGUAUACGCAUGGAUCGACAAAGAAGUUGGUUACUGCCAAGGAAUGAGUGAUUUAUGCUCACCGAUGAUCGUGCUACUCAAUGACGAAGCAGAUGCGUUUUGGUGCUUUGAGAGACUCAUGCGUAGACUGCGCGGGAAUUUCAGAUGCACACAGCAAUCCGUUGGGGUUGAGAACCAGCUUCAGCACCUUGCCUCUAUCAUUCAGGUGCUGGACCCAAAGUUACAUGACCACCUCGAAAGACUUGGCGGAGGCGACUAUCUCUUUGCAUUCCGUAUGUUCAUGGUAUUGUUUCGCCGUGAACUGUCAUUUGGGGACUCCUUGUACCUUUGGGAGAUGAUGUGGGCUCUAGAAUAUGACCCUGACAUGUUCUCCACCUAUGAAGAGAGCGGGCCUGCAACUGACAGAAGUGCUCAAGGAUAUAAACCAAGAGUAAAAUCAACCCGUCAGUUUGGCAAGUACGAGAGGGCGAAUAUGAAGAGUGCUACUAAUGGUGUUGAUGGGCCUGUCCCUAUUUCUGUUUUCCUGGUUGCUAGUGUAUUGAAAGAGAACAGUCAGAAGCUGUUGCAAGAAGCCCGGGGAUUAGAUGACAUUAUUAGGAUAUUGAACAAUGUUAACGGGAACUUGGAUGCAAAGAAGGCUUGCGCUGGUGCACUGAAACUUCACGCCAAGUACCUUAGAAAGGUAGCGAGCUCCUUCCACAGAAACCUUAGAAAACCUUAGAAAGGUGGUUGAAUUGUUGUUGUUGUUGUUGUUGUUGUUGUUGUGUUAGCAGAUGCAGGGAAAGAAAGCCUAACAUAGCACAGACACGGACACUUGCGGUCUCACAAUUGUACCACCUGGAGGGACACGGACACGGUCUCAAAAUUGUAUGUAAAUUUGAAUGCAGAGCUUUGUUGUUUGGAAACGUUGAAGUUUCAUAUAUGCGCCAGCCAACCAACCAACCAACCGGUAAAAUAUGUAUAAGCAAGUCAAGUGUAUUUUUCUUGGUUUUCCAAGUGUAAGAAAGAUUCUUUCUUUCUUUUUGCUCAAAAGAAGAAGAAGAAGAAGAGGUCAUUUUAAUGUGUAA